AACACUGUCGUCGAUCAACUCCCUGAGUCCCUCAGCCUACCACUAGGUGGUGGAGAAGUACGACAUUCAGAUGACCACCCAGCAGCGGUAUUCCAACAAAAUCAUGCAUUCCAUUCCAUGUCGGCAAAUCUCUACAUGACGGCAAUCUAUCUGCAGUCCGUGAUGCUAGAAGUCUGCUUGGACAGAUGGCAAAAUCGAUCUCGGGAACUUGUAAGAGAGGGUGAGGGUUAUUAUGUACCAAUUGAUGAAGCAGUCAGCGCACAUCUAUGGUCCAUCAAGGCAUCAAUAGGAGAAAUGUUAGUAGGUGUCCUGACAUGCCUCUCUGAUACUGAUUUGGAGUCAAAUGGUCAAUCUAUGAUUGUUAAGCUACGACAGGUGGCAUCGACGUUCCUGUAUCCUGAUGGCAACUCUAAAGACCCCAACUUUAACUUUAUCAACAGCUUCGUUAGUCGCCAAUGUCUCGACAAAGCACUUAGUGUCUUGAUUGAGAUAGAUUAUUUAGUGAUCAAGAACUGA